AUGCAGCCAGUCACUGUGGCCGACUCCAGUCAGCGCAACCUCUACGUGCCGGCAGUGCCAUCCCUGCCAGUGUCAUAUUCGGCUCCAUAUCCGACUUCAUACACGCAGCUGCAGGCGACCCCUCCACAGUCGGCCGUUGUGAGCAGUGGCUACAUGUCGCCGACCCCCCCGGACGCCAACCGGCCCCAAACCAUGCCACCGCGGCCCGCCUCGGACUUCCAGCGAGGUCCCCCCGCACAAGAGUCUGGGAGCAGCGAGGAGGAGGACUCGAGCGACGAUCAGGUGCUUGCAGCGGGCAGCGACAUGCUAACUCGGCAAAGCACGUCCUACAAGAUGCACAAGGCCAAAGCCGAGAGUACCAAGGCCAGCUUCAAGCGCCCUCAGUGGUAUAUGCUGAUCUUCGGGAAUGUGCUCUGCCUCAUGGCCGGCAUCAUCGACGUAGGCUCCAUCAAAGCCUUCGACGUUCCGACGACCCACGUCACAGGCAACACGGCCAAGCUCGGCCUCUUUCUGGAAAACGAGAGCGUGGCGGGUGUCGGGGGCGAGCAGGCCAAGCAGAUGGGCUUCUGCGUGCUCUUCUUCGGCCUCGGCUCAUUCCUCUGCGGCCUGAUCAUCCCGAAGACCCAGAUCCACUUCGGCGGCAAGGGCUUGUACGGCACAGCACUGAUCGCCGAGUGCGUCCUUCUGCUCUGCGCGAAGUUCUGGCCGAACCACGAAUACGCUCCCUACUGGGCCGCCAUGGCGGCGGGGCUUCAGAACGCCAUGUGCACCAUGCACUUCGGCGCCAUCGUGCGUACCACCCACGUGACGGGGACCAUGACCGACAUCGGCUCCACCUCCGGUCGAGCCGUGAUGCUGUGCGUGCGGCGCUUCUUCCACAAGGAGGGAUCAGGCACGCAGCUCCUGGAUGAAGCGGAGCUGCACAUAGACAAGAAGAAGCUGAUGGUGCUAGUCCCUCUGUACAUGAGCUUCUUCCUCGGCUGCGUGAUCGGUGCCGGGCUUUACCGCACGAUGCAAGAGGAUGUGUUCCUCAUCCCUGCUGUGGUGACAGGCGUGCUUGGCCUCGUCUACAGCACUCUUCGCGAGACGCUCAAGAAGCGCUUCAAGAUGAUGGAGAAGAACCAGCUGAUUUUGGACAUGAACGAGAUCCAGCAGCUCAUUGAUCGCACCCAGACUACCCUCCGAAGGCUCCACCACCGCCAGGGGGACAGGAAGGAGAGGGACGUGGAAAACGUGGAUGAUCUGGACGACCAGCUCCGUCAGAUGGCAGACAGGAUGCAUGACGUGCAGGGCACGAUUGGCGAGAUGUACGACGAGGAGGACCGAGCCUCCGCGAAGCAAACUGCGCGCUCCAGCAGCUGGAGCUAG